AUGUCAUCCGAUCAAGAAUAUGCCAAUUUCCUAGAAAAGGCCAACCAGGACACUGGCAGCUCGAGCAACGAAGUCAAGACCAGUGGAUUCGCGCAAACAAAGGCUGUAGAUUCAGCAGUGCCUGCCCAUCUCAAGAGUGUGGAUGCAUUCUAUCAAAGCGACACUGAUGAGCCAUUUGAGCCUGUGGCUCUCAAGUACGGAAAGCAGAGUUCCAUCAGUCAAGGUCAGAAUCUGUCAUGCAAAAGAGCGAGUACUAGACCGAUACUAACACGCAACNNAGACAAGUUUGCCGACCUGAUCAACCAAUGUGGCGAGGUGGAGGAGAUCAGUGUCAAGGAGUGGAACACCAAGAACCAUUACGCUGAAGUUGUUGAGGCUGUCAAGAAGGCUGGCAGCGACAAGGCUAAUGUUCAGGUGUUCCGUGUCGCUCAUGGUAGUACACGCUGUGAGUACUACAUCGUCACGCUGAACGAUGAGGGUGUAGUUGUCGGUGUCAAGGCCAAGGCUGUCGAGAGCUAA